GACAGCAUUGACGAGUCAAUCGAACUCGGAGUGGCCUACACGCUUGUGGAUGCGGGGAAAGCAAAUACUAUUGUACUUGGCAGUGUGGUGCAUGUCCAGGUACGCAUGACUAUCAAACGAAUGAAUGAGCCGUUAGACAAGGAAGUCACGGCGGAUGCUGCUCUGGUUAUGGAUUUGACCAACAGCAUGGGUCGCGUGAUAGACGAGAUCACAAGACUCACGGAGAAGACCUUUAUGAUGGACACAGUAGCAAAGCCCUCUGACUACGUGCGUAAACGCAGUUCUGUCACUGAUGCCAUCGAAAUCAGAGCUGUCGUGACCGCUACUUCAAGUGCCGGUGUACCACAUGCCAAUCGAGACGAAACGACUCAGAAUUGCGGCUCCAAAAGUGCACGUGCGUGUGCCGCCUCUGAUUGCCGCCAGUGGGAACGGGUAUGA